AGUGUGAAAAUCGCGUCGAAAUUUGGCUUUUUGCUCACCAAAAAGCCCCGACUUCCGUUAGAAUCCUUCUCCAAAGGAAAGAUAAUCUUGCACUCGGCAAGAAACUUCUUUUAGUGCACCGCAAUUCGCUUAGGGAUCAUCCAAAUUUUCCAAUUUUCUCUCGUCAUUUUUCGCUUCUUCCAUUUUUUUUUUUUUGAAUUUUUGGCCCCGAUUUUUAUUUUUUAAAUUUUCUCUGAGAUCUUCCCUUGUCUGAGACUGAGUUUUAGGCAAUUUGUAAAUUUCUUUUGUUUUUCAUAAAAAACCAAAUUAAAUGGACAUAAAAAAUAAAAAUAAAAUGAAAAAAUUGUGAAAAAUCUAAAAAAAUAAAAAAUAAAAUGAAUAUCCAGACCAUCGAAGAUGUCAGCGACUGUACGCCUUUGUACCUACCACACUCGCUCUAUCUCAAGCCAAUUGCGAAAAUUAACAUGACAGUGGCUCUGCCGAAGAACAUCACGGGCCGAUCAAUUUCCAACUAUGACAUAAUGGAGAAAAUGCGACAAAAAGUGUUGCCGGAUCGAUUUAGCGUCUUGCGAGUCUCCAAGAGCACUUUGGAGUUCAUUCGUUUCGAAGCUGAGCUCGAAUCUCGCAGCAUAAUGCGAAAUGUGUUGGACCGUCUUGACAAUCGACCCAUAAAACUCGAAGGAUUUAAGGAAGUUUUUCGCAUAAAAGCCGCCGAAGCAAAAAGUGACUUCCCAACAAGGCACGAUUGGGACUCUUUCUUCCGAGACGCCUCGAAUAUGGACGAAAUGAAAGCUGGAGAACGUCCUGACACGAUCUACAUUUCGAAUUUACCGAUGAAAUGGUUUGCGCCGCGUCAUGUUGCGGAUACCGAAGAAAACCCAAAACCGAGUGAGAAUAUUUUUCGACGAAUUUUUGAGAAAUUUGGUGAUGUGUCGCACGUCGAUAUACCGAUUUGUGAUCCGUAUCGCAGCAAAAUGAAGCCUUAUAUGACGGGCAUGAAGGCUUUUAGCUUUGAGCAGGACAUUUUCUUCGAAGGUUACAUCCAAUUUAGCGAGUACGUGGGCUUCGUAAAGGCAAUGGAUGAAUUUCGCGGCAUGAAACUCGUGAAAAAAGACGGCGACAAGAAUCUCGCAGUAAAUAUCGUGAUGGAAUUCGAUCGUACAAAGCACUUGAGUGAUGCCAGCAUCAAAAGACGUAAACUUGUAAGGGAGCGAUUGAUGGCAAAAGAUCGCGAACGCGAAGAGGAGGAACAAAAAAAGCAAUUAGCUGAGUUACAAAAGAUGGAAAAAGAAAGACAAAAAGACGAGUUGAAAAAGUUAGCAGAUCUUGAAAAACAACGCCAACGCGAACAAAAACGCAAAGAAAAGCAUUUGCAAAAGUUACGUGAAAAGGAAGUGACUGACAUUAACUCGAAAAUACUCGCCGAAGAGCGAAAAUUGUUAGAAACGCAAAGAAAACUUGAAAGUGUAAGAUUAUUGGAGGCGAUUUUCGAUCGAAUUGCGCUCAAAGAAAAAUACGACAAAUUGAAGAACAAAACAGCUUCCGACACAUUAAGUCUCGAAAAUGGCUUGCGAAAUAUCGCAUCUUCCAGCCAAAAAGAGGAACGCCAUACAAUAACAAGCAAAUACAAGGAAGCUGCCGAAGAUGAAAUGCACAAAAUUCGUCUCCGCGUGAAAAAAGCACGCGAUGACAAUUUAUUGAAGAACUUUUUGGGUCAAGAAAAGGGAUCUCGAUCUCCGAGUAUUGCGAGCAUCAGUUCGAACGACAGUAUUUUGAGCGAUUCGUCGAAACGACGGAAAAAGAAGAAAAACGGAAGUGACGAGAGCGAUACUGAACAAAAUCCAAAAUUCCCCAUGUAUCCGUUCCCCGGCAUGUAUCCCCCGACGCAAGAAGGCAUGGAAUGGAUGAUGCCUUAUAUGAUGCAAAUGAACCCUUUUAUGAUGGCAAACGCUAUGGGAUAUCGCCCGUAUCGCGGUAGAGGCGGGUAUCGAGGACGAGGCGGAUAUCGGGGAAGAGGUAGAGGCGGUUAUUCAAAUCAUCGGUACGACGAAGAUCAUGAUGAUCGCACUUCGAGGUCGUAUUCGAGAAGCAGAAGUCGCGACAGGGACAAGUAUAGGCGACGAAGACGGUCUUACAGUCGAUCUUCUUCAAGAUCCCGUUACAGUCGCAGCAGAUCACGUCGUCGCAGCUACUCCAAAUCGCGUUCUCGAUCACGCGGCAACAAAAAACAACUCGCCUCAACGCGUCGCUCCGUGAAAUCCAGUCCCUCCCGAAGCAGAUCUCGAUCGCGGAGCAACAGUUACGAUCACAAACGUAAAAAGCGUCGCAGCACAUGGUCACGCGAAGCUUCGCCACGUCGAAGUGAGUCUCAUACGCCGCCUCCAAAGCCACAACAAGUCGUCUUGCAACCGGAAAAAUUGGUAAAAAGUGCAAAAGAGAUCCAACGAGCGGUUCAGGAAAAGUUAAGGGAACGCCUUGACGAGGAAGAGUCGAUGCGAAAAAGUAUUCUGGAGCAAGAAGAGCACGAAGCGAAAGUAAAAAAGAUUGACGAUGACCAGGAUUGUCCGUAUCAACGACGAAGUACUUCAAUCUCACCGGAAAAAGCAGCUAACAAAGAUGGAGAAGCAGCCGAUGCUGCACUGUACUCGGAUUAAUCUUGACACUCGAGUGUAGAUAGUUUAGUAUUUUUAAUUUAUAUCAAGAACAAAAGCUUAUUUUCUAACAAAAAAACGAUAAACUAUUU